AUGGGUUCUACAUUGAAACGAAAAUUGGAGGAUGAAGAAUCCAACAGUGAAGGAGAAGAGGGAUUUGACAUAGCUGGUAACAUUGCGCUAACGUCUAGUGAGAGUGAAGGUGAAGAUGGAUCUGACGAAGACUCUGAAGAGAAUUAUCAAGAUGUGAUAGAUUACAGUGAUGAUGAUAAAGAAAAAGAGGCGGGCAAAAAGAAGAAGGAGCCUGUUAAAAAGAGUGAUAAGCACGAUUUCCCCAUAUUGGAACUAUCUGAUAAUGAGGAAGAUGCUGAUGCUAAGAAGAAGAAAGAAGACGGUGAUGCUGACGAUAUUAGUGAAUACUUUACCACUAAUAAUAGUGAAAGUAAGAAGCAUAAGAAAGGAAGUUUCCCCAGUUUUGGUUUUUCCAAAUUUAUUUUGAAUAACAUUAACAAGAAAGGUUUCCGUCAACCCACACCAAUUCAACGUAAAACUAUUCCAUUGAUUUUACAGAACAGAGAUAUCGUUGGUAUGGCACGUACUGGUUCUGGUAAAACCGCAGCAUUCGUUUUACCUAUGAUUGAAAAAUUGAAAGCACAUUCCAGUAAGAUUGGUGCCCGUGCGGUUAUCCUAUCACCAUCCAGAGAAAUUGCAAUGCAGACAUAUAAAGUUUUCAAAGAAUUUUCCAAGGGCUCAGAUCUACGAAGUGUGCUUUUGACUGGUGGUGAUUCUCUUGAAGAUCAGUUUGGGAUGAUGAUGUCUAAUCCAGAUGUUGUUGUCGCAACACCUGGUAGAUUCCUGCAUUUGAAAGUGGAAAUGAACUUAAAUUUGAAAAGUGUAGAAUACGCAGUAUUUGAUGAAGCCGAUAGAUUAUUUGAAAUGGGUUUUGCAGAACAACUGAACGAAUUAUUAGCAUCAUUACCUGAAAAGCGUCAAACUUUGCUUUUCUCUGCUACUUUACCUAAUACAUUGGUGGAUUUUGCCAAGGCUGGAUUAACUAAUCCAGUUCUUGUACGUCUAGAUGCUGAAAGUAAAAUAUCUGAGAAUUUAGAAAUGCUUUUCGUUUCCACUAAGCAUGAUGAAAGGGAAGCCAAUUUAUUCUACUUGUUACAAGAAGUGAUAAAGAUACCGUUAGCAACAGAAGAACAAAAAAUGAUAUUAGGUGAAGGUAACAAAGCACUGUCUGAUAGUGAAGAUUCUGAUGCUGAAAAUGGGAAAAAGGAUAGAAGAAAAAAGGGUAAAAAGAAUAAGGCCAAAAGACCUAAGUUACCUUCCGCGAAUGAAUUGCCAUCAGAAAAGGCCACUAUUGUCUUUGUUCCUACGAGGCAUCACGUCGAGUACAUUUCUCAACUUUUGAAAGCUUGUGGAUAUUUGGUUUCUUAUAUCUACGGUACUUUGGAUCAACAUGCUCGUAGACGUCAACUUUACAAUUUUAGAGCUGGUUUAACAUCAAUUCUGGUGGUUACGGAUGUUGCGGCAAGAGGUGUUGAUAUCCCCAUGUUGGCAAAUGUGAUUAAUUUUACCAUGCCUAGUUCUUCUAAAAUUUUUGUUCACCGUGUGGGUAGAACUGCAAGAGCUGGUAACAGAGGUUGGGCUUAUUCUAUUGUAUCAGAAUCUGAGUUGCCUUACUUGUUAGAUUUAGAGUUGUUUUUGGGUAAAAAAAUUCUUUUGGCACCCAUGUAUGAAGCUACUUGCAAUCUUUUGAAGGAGAAAUGGGUGAAUGAAGGUAAUGAUGAAUUUCGUUUCCAACCCCCUAAAGUUUCCUACACUGAUAGGAUGGUAUUGGGAUCUUGUCCUAGAAUCGAAUUGGAAAGCAUGGGUGAUCUUUACAAGAAUUUAAUGGAUUCCAACUACGAUUUAGGAUCGACUAGAGGUGUUUCGAUUAAGGCAGAAAUCAUGUACAUGAGAACACGCCAACCAGCAUCAGCAGAAUCGAUGAAGAGAGCUAAACAGAUGAUCAUAUCAGGAUGGGAUGAGCAGAAUAUACUAUUUGGUAAAAAUAUGGAAGCAGAAAAGAAUAAGUUUUUGGCUAAGCUACAGGAUAGAAGGAACAAAGAGACCGUAUUUGAAUUCGCUAGAAAUCCUGAUGAUAAAAUGUCUGUUCUGAUGAAGAAAAGAAGACAACAAUUGGAGCCUGUUCAACUAAGGGCAAAACAACGUCAAGAAUUAAUGGAGAAGGAAAAAUUGGCAGGUCUCACACAUUCCCUUGAAGAUGAAGUUUUGGACAAAUAUAAAGGAGAAGUUGGAUACUCUGUUCCUGAUGCAGUGCUUGAAGAAUUUGAAGAUGCUGAUCAAGUGUUAGAAGAUCAGGAAACAGAAGGUAAGAAACAGAAACAGAAAUCGAAGUCAUUCAAGGAUUCAAACUUCUUUAUGAGCCAUUAUGCACCAGCUCAGAGUGUUCAAGAUAGCCAGUUGAAUAUUUCUAGUGGGUUUACCACCGACGCAGCUCAAGCCUCCUACGACUUGAAUGAUGACGACAAGAUCCAAGUUCAUAAACAAACUGCUACUGUUAAAUGGGAUAAGAAGAAGAAGAAAUAUGUCAAUCCUCAAGGUGCUGAUAACGUGAGAUAUAUUACCAGUGAAAGUGGUCAAAAGAUUCCUGCAUCUUACAGAUCUGGUAAGUUUGAUGAAUGGUCAAAGAAGAGGAAGUUGAAGAUGCCUAAAGUUGGUUCUAGGGAGUCUAGCAUGGCAACUAACUUAUUACAAGAUCCUACUAGGGGCAAUCCAUCUUCUAAUAAUCGUCGCUUCAUGCACAAACAGGUCAAGGCUCCUAAGGUACCAGAUAAGUACAGAGACGAUUACGGCAAGCAAAAGACAAAGGUUGCCAAGGCUCUGGAGAAGGGUAUUCACGUCAAAGGUCACAACAAUGCUCCUGGUAUGACAAACGAACUAAGAUCUGCGGACCAAAUAAGAAAGCAGAGAGUCGUAAAGGACAAGAGGAGAGCCAAGAACGCUCGUGUAGGCAAGAAACGUUAA